AUGGAGGCAGGUGAGUUCAGCUGCAGGCCAGCCCGGCCCCCGGACGUGGCCGAGACUCUCCCCACGCGCAGGAGGAGGCUGCAGCCCAAAGCCGGGCUCCAGGCCUCCCUCCGGCGGCCCCGGCCCGUCCGCAGCCCGAGGCUGAGCGACCGGAGGUGGGAGGAGCGGGGUCCCAGCCCGCGGCUGGGGGCGCGGCGGCGAGAGCGCGCGUGCGCACCGGCCCCGCGCCGCCUCGGAGCACGCGUGCCGCCGCCCCUCCGGGCAGCCGCGUGCGGCGGCGCGUGGGGCCUUCCGAGCUCGCCCGGGCCUCUGCGUGGGCUCCGCUUCGGCCCAGCGCUCCGGAUUGAGCGAGCGGGCGAGCGCGGCCGCCCCUCUCUAUUUUUAGCAGCAGGCGCAGGGUCUGCCCGGCGGCGCGCCGGCCGGAGCGCGGGGACGCGGCCUGCCUCCGCGGCCUGGCGCGGGGCCCGGAGAGCUCCCGCGCGUCAGGAGCCGGCGCCCACGCCAGAGCAGAGCAAACUUGAGCGGCUCUUCCCGUUUCCAGGGAAACGAGGCUGCGCCGCUGCGUGCUGCCGCGGUGCAGAGCUGGCUCUCUGCUCCCCACCGGGGACCCCCGCGGCCGGCUGGGCCUGCGAGGAAGGGCCCGGAGCCGCGUCCUUCGCGAAGGGGUUGUCUGAAGCCCGCCCGCUGCGAUGCCGGAAUGAAAGCUUUCGGGAACUUUCUUUUAUUCACUGCUCACGGCAAACGGUGAGAUAUUUUAUUGGUUGUUUUGGAAUUUUGCAUCAUGUACCCCAAUCACACUUACUUCCCAGUCCUCCCAUGUCUUCCCCACCACACCCAUGUGACCCCUACCCCCCCAUAAAAAGAAAGAAAAAGAAGAGGAAGGAAAGAAGAAAGGAAGGGAGGAAAGAAGGAGGAAAAAUCCAAUUAGUGUUGCCCAUGUACUCCGUGGACCAAGGUUGUUACUUUGGAGUGGCUGAGGCUUUAGGGGUUGUCACAGAAGCCUUCUAUGUCCCUGCUUCUCAACUGUGCAUUUGCAGUCAUCAAUACCCCUGCAAAAGUGGCUUCCAGUAGCAAGAACAUGGAUCCUGGGCCUCUACAUGGUUUCCAGUGCAACACAGGUGGCAGACACCAACUAUGAACCCCCAAGGCACCCCCAAAAUAGACACCAACAUGGCCUCGGGUGCACAGACCACAGAUGUACUGCAGACAUUAAUAAGGCCUCAGGUAGCUGCACAAGCCACCAAAUCAACAUGGCCCUGUGUGGCAGCACAAAACAGGGAUAUUUGCCCGGACUUGGAUGGUAACAUAGGCCGUGGACAUCAACAUGGCCCUCAAAUGCAUCAGGACCACCACAGACCCAGUCAUGGCCCUACGAGGCAGUCUGGACCACAGAUGAACCGUUGCGUGGCCCUCGGUGGCAGCAAGGGCCUCGAUGUCAACACAGCCCCUAGCUACAGCGCGAUCACAGACAUCCACAUGGCCUUUGGGCUUCCUCUCGGCCUGGGGCAGCAAUACCUGGGGGAUAUUUACACCUCACAGGUCAGUGUGCCAUGUCGGUUCAGUUCUCAGCUUGCCAUAACCCGUGCUUACCCGAGAAGGAAGUCUCCACUGAGGGGUUGUCUAGAUUGGCCUGUGAACACGUCUGCAGAGGACUGCCUUGAUUUUAACUGAUACGUAAGGCUCAGCCCGCCGCGGGCAGCACCACUCUCUAGGGUCUGCCCUGAACUGCGUAAGAGUUAGGAAGGCUCGCAAGCAAGCUGUAAUGCGUUAUUCUCUCCGCUAUUAACUGUGGAUGUCAUGUGACUAUCUUCUCCAGUUCCUGUCUUCACUUCUCCCAAAUGAUGAGCUAUCACAGAAUUGUAAGCUAAAAUAAGCCACUUCUCUUCUAAGCUGCUUUUUGUCAAUACAUUUUAUCACAACAACAGAGAUAAAACCAGGACAGUCAGCAAGGCACUUAUUCCCACUUAGGAACUUCACAGAAGCCCAGCAUGGCUUAUACUGGAAGUCUGGCUUCUUUCAAAACUCAGUUAUGUCACGUAAAUAUGUUUUUAUUUUAAUCCCAAGUGUGGGGUGUCUAGUUUGGGCUUUAGUUUGUCCACAGUUGAUAAUUGCCUCCUGCGGGGCGUGGUCUUUGCCAGCUGGUAAUGGCCUGCCUCCAGAGAGGGGCGUGGUCUAGGACUCUGAGGGAUAUAAACAGGAGAGCCCAGAGAAAGUGUGGUGUGUGGCAUGUGACAGUUUGGAGAGACCAGAGAUAGACAGUGGGUGUGGCGGCUGGGAGACCGACCAAGAGAAACAUUUCAACACAGAGGCUUGGAGGAGACACUUGCUUUUGCUGUUGACGGAGAAUUGGUAUAGCCCUAAAAAACAAAACAAACAAAAACCAUACACCCUACAUAGUCAGGAGACCCAUAGGCCCUACACUGCCAGGAGACCCAUAGACCCUACACGGCCAGGAGAAGUAAAGGGGUUUGCGCCCCCUCUCCCCACUAACCUCUCCUACCUAGUGUGGGGGGAUUGGAAGGGAGAGGCUUUGAGGAACCUCAGUGGAGUUUAAACAGAGUGGUACAUGGCUAUUUGCAAAGGCCUCUGUGUCUCACAGUAAUGCAACUGGGAAAGCUGAGGGACCCAGCAAAACCAGCACAGCUUCGGUCUUCAGCGCCUUCCCCUGCAUUUCCCAGCCUCUACCUCUGUCCUCUGUGGCUCAGGCCUAGCCAGCCUAUUGGCCACCUCAAGAACUUUAUUAAAUCUGUAGCCCUUUCUUUGUGGAUCAUUGUCUAGGUCAUUUUGCUAUUGCUGUGAAGAGGCAACAUGGCCAACCUAUAAAAUUUAUAAAGGCAACUUAUAAAGAAAGCAUUUAAUUUGAGGGCUUAUGUGUCCAGAGGGUUAAGUCCAUGAACAUCAUGGAGGGUAGCAUGGCGCAGGCAGGCAUGGCGCUGAGCAGUAGCAGAGAGAGCUACCUGGUGAAGGAGGCAGCUUUUAAAUGCCAAAGCCCACCCCUGUGGUUCCUGCAGGAAGCCAGGCCCUUCUUUGCCGAAGGUCCAAGCGCCAGCGGGUCUCCUGGCAGAAAAGGGUGAAGCGCGGGGUCCCGAGUGAGCGCAGAAGGAGGUCGGUGCCACAAGGUCUUUGGUCCAGCUGUGGGUGUUGGAAAAGAUGAUUUUCUCCGAGGUGAGUGUCAUUUCUCUUUUAGCUGGGCUGCCAGCACCUGGUCGGGAGGCAGCAGGGAGCUCAGGGCCCAGCCUGAGAGCAGUAGGGCUGCUUUGGGAACAUCCGGCAGCUGUGGUGGCUGGAGUGGUGUGAUAGACAGCAGCAGCUUCUUUGAUGACUCCCUGGUGAGCACCCGGCAAACUCGGGUGUCGAGUCCAGAGGUCCAGCGGUGAAUUCUUUCCCCCAGUGUUACAGCUAAGAUAAACAGCUAAGCAGAUGACGCUCACAGCUUUCUUUCAUGUGAAGCAGGGCUUUAUGAACCUUGGGCAGUGGGGAGGGGCUCUGAGGAUGAAGGUCUCCUUGGCUGGGUCUUAGGACGCUGUUUUCAUGGGGAAAGAUAGCAGGUGAGAAGCCCACGUGACUGAUCACCGGUAGCCAUACCCGCGGCUGUGUCACAUGCUCCUGAGGCAGGCACAGAAACAAAGAGCUUUGUCCCACACCUUCCUUCUCAGGAUGAGAUUUUAAAUCUCAAGUCUGCUAUUUCCAGGGUUUCAACGCACUCCAUCUCUGCAGCCACAUGCCAAUUUCUCUGGAGGCACGGUGCACAAGCCCCACACUCCCAGCAACACACUUCCUCAGACAAGACCACGCCUCCUAAUUCUUCCCAGGCAGUUCUACCAACUGGUGACUAAGCAUGCUGAGCUUGUGAAGGCCAUUCUCAUUCAAACACCACAGCCACCGAUGCAACGGACAGCUCACCUGCCUCUCCAAGUCAGUGUCUUGAGAGGCAUCCAGCUCCUGCACACACCUCAUUGCUCUUACUCAUCCCUCAUAAGAUUCAUCCCUCAUAAGAUGUCACUGUCACACACACACACACACACACACACACACACACACACACACACACACGAACAUACAUUGGGCUGUUGUUCCUGGGGACUCCUCUGCUCUGUGUUCUGUGUUGUCUCCUUGGUGGGCCUGCUGGGCCAAAGUUAUCCUAUAGUAAGAAGUUCCUGUCUUUGUUUUCUGUUUCAUUGACUUUGAUCUUCCCAGUUCAGUAUCCUCUCCCUCCUCCCCCACCAUACCACUCCACUUGAUGUUAACUACUUGGAUUCCAACACUGUUCCUUUUUCUUUUUUGUUUUAUUUUGUUUGUUUGUUUUUCAAGACGCCAGCACUUUUUUCAAUUUAUUUUGUUUUGGAGACAGGGUUUCUCUGUGUAGCCUUAGCUGUCCUGGACUUGCUUUGUAGACCAGGCUGACAUCAAAGUCACAGAGAUCCACCUUCCUCUGCUUCCCUGAGUGCUGGGAUUACAGGUGUGUGCCACCGUGCUGGGCUCCAAAGCUAUUCUUGAAGUCUGCCGUUUCUCCUAACUUAAUGGGAUAUAUCUUGUUAAAAUAGAUGAGGGAAAAUACUCUGUGGCAUUUGCAGAAAAGCAAUAAA